CUAAACCCAAAUUCCCAACAGAAAAGGAAAAACCCUUACCCGCUGCUCAGCCGCCCCGACCACUGUGUGUCUGUGUCCGUCGGCCUCUCCAAGGCAUCUCUGUCCGUCAGUCGUCGGUCUCUCAUUAAAUUUUUCAGCUGUGCUGCGGCCUUGCUUCACCACCUCACCUGAGUUCGCCGGCCGCCGCCACCGUCCAUCUCACUCUCUCAACGCAAUGGGAAAGAGAGGAAACAUCUCGAAGAAUGAUAAGAGAAAUUCGAAGAGAAGACAUAGUGCCAACGACGCCUUCAAUCCUGAGAACGUGGACGAUGAAAUUGAUGUUUUUCAUAAGCAAAGGGAUGUUGUUCCCUUGAAUAUGGAUGGGGAUUUUAGAGACUCAGAUGAUGAAGAUGAUGAACAUCCUGUUUUUGAUCUUCAGGAUACAGAUGAUGAUGAUGAUGAUGAGGGAGAUGAUGAUGAUAUUGAUGAUGCCCAAGUUUCUAAGUUUGCAGCAAAAAUUGCAAGGCAACAUAAAUUCUUGAGAGCAAAGUUUGGGGGAGCUGAGGAUGAAAUGCUUGAAGAAGAAGAAGAUGAUGAGGAUGAUAAAGAAGAAAUGGCUCAAUGGGGUGGAAUAAAGAGCAGAUAUUAUGGUGGUGAUAAUCGUGAUUUUGAGUUGCACUCAAGUGACGAUGAGGCUCCCAGGGAAGAGGAGGAAGAGGUGAAAGAAAUACAGAAGGAAAGAGCGAAAAAUUUAUCAAUUGAAGACUUUGGCCUUGAAGAUGCUAGUGAUGAUGAGACUAAUAGAGAAUUGACCUUAGAGGAAAUGUCAUCGAAAGGAAAAGGUGGAAAAUUAUCCCUAGCAAGUGAAGAACCUGUGGAUGAUGUGGCUACAUUUGAGGAGGUCAAGAAGGAUUUGAAUGCUUUGUCAAAGGAAGAGCAGAUGGAUGUGGUACACAGUUCUGCACCAGAAUUAAUUGGCUUAUUGUCAGAGCUAGAUGCUGCACUCGAAGAGCUUGAAAGCAAAGUUAAUCCACUUUUAAGAAAGGCUAAAGAAGGGAAGAUCCUUUUGGAAGGCGGGAUGCGCUAUUUGGAGGUGAAGCAGAUUCUUUUGCUGGCCUAUUGUCAAGCAAUAACCUUUUAUCUUCUUCUCAAGUCUGAAGGGCAGCCUGUUCGUGGUCAUCCCGUCUUAGGUCGUAUUGUGGAGAUCCAAGGCUUAAUUGAUAAGGUGAAACAACUUGGUGGGAACCUUCCUUCUGAAUGGGAGGAGAUUCUGAAGAAUAAAGGAGCUGAAAUGGGACAAAACUUGGUUAAAGAGAGUGCUGAACCGGUAUCUGACUCUGGCACUAAGGAUCAUGGUCCAUCAUUAGUAACGGAUUUACAAAUGGCCGAGCUUGAAGACACACCUAAUUUGCUAAAAAUGGAGUUUGCUAGUAACCUUGAUAACAAGGGGAUGAAACUUAAGCGUGAGAAUGACCAAGUAGGUAUACAAAGCAGGGAAAUGUUAAAAGUACGAGCAGCUCUUGAGGAAAAACUGAAACAGAAGGGAAUCUUUAGUUCCAACAUCCAAAAGCCUGAUAAAACCAAGAAACAUAGGAAACCAGUGAAUGGACAGCUUGAAACAUAUGAUGAUUUUGUUGAUGAUGCAAUGGAUGUUGAAGGAAGUGCUCAUGGAUUAAGUAACGGGCAUGCAAGCUCAAACCAUUCUAAUAUUUCCAAACUUAUUACAGCUAAACAGAACAAGUCCAAGGUCAUAUCCGGUGAUGAUGAUUUACCCAAGAGAGAUGAUAUUGGAGAAAGACGGAGGAAACAUGAACUCAGAGUACUAGCAGGAGCAACAGUUAAAUCCGAGGAUGAUCAUGGAGGUGAAUAUGACAUGUUGGAAGAAGAUGAUGGGGGUAAUGGAGGCAUUUCUGGAGACGAGGAUGGUGAUACGGAAGACACUGAGGUAUCAGAAGAUGAAUUUUACAAACAAUUUAAGCAACAAAGGGCCGCAAAACUUGCUGCAAAGGCUGAGAUAUAUACAAGGACCUCAGUGCCUCCCUCGUUACCUGAAACUGUCGAUGGAAAACGACAGAUAACUCAUCAGAUAGAGAAGAAUAGAGGUUUGACUCGACAACGGAAUAAGAACAUUAAAAAUCCAAGGAAGAAAUACAGGUUGCAAAGCAAGAAACGAGAGAAACAAAGGAAAGGUCAGGUCCGGGAUACUCGAAAACCAGUCAGUCAAUACGGCGGAGAAGCCUCUGGUAUCAAUGUUGGAAUCAGUAGGAGUAUUAGAUUCAAGGGCUGAAUUAAAGCCUGAAGCAUCAAGAAAGCUGGUAAUAGUUCCAAUUUUGUGUUGGAUUGUAACAAAAAUGGUCACCAUCUUUUUAGUCCAAAACCGUUCAAUGACUGGUCCAAAACUGUUAAAUGCCCCGCUGAUGUGGCCGUUAACUUGAUGACAAUUUUGGAAUUUAUAUUUUUUACCACAUAAA